AUCCAUCCACACUGCUCACCCGCACCGCCAUCGCCUUUGCCAUCGCCUUCGCCAUCGCCUUCGCCUUCGCCGUCGCCCGAAGCCGCCCUGUCCUUCGUCUCGUCGCCGGCGCUGCUCUGGAGACACCCGAUCUAUCGUCCGCUGGUCCUCUUCGGCUUUCCAUCAGGCUCAUCUCGCCACCAGCCCGUCGCUCCGUACAUCCAAGCCAUUGAGGCACCCGCCCCAACAGCAUCGAGCCCUCUCCCCCCUGUCCCUCCUCUGAUCUGUGCGGCACCCGGCCACUGCUGACAUCUCACCGGUGCCCACGCUCCUCACUGCCAAUCUCUCUCUCGAUCAGCCACAUCCCAUGGAUCGGUCCAGGACUCGCCUGGUGCGGCUGCCGUGGCUCGCCGUGCUGCUGCUCGGUCUGCUCGGUCUGUCGCUUGUGCAUGCCGCUCCGCAAGACAGCAACUUGGUGACCAAGAUCACCCGUUUUGAGAACGCUCCAAAGAAGCUCUUCUAUUUCAAGGAUUCCUCUGUCAUACUAUACCUUGAGGCAUACACUGGAAGGGUCUGGCGGUCUGCCAACGAAGGCAAGGAUUGGUCCAAAGUGACCGAUAUUCCGGACUCGUCUGCCUACGAUUUGAUCCAACAUCCCUUUGAGGAUAGCACGGCCGUUGUCAUCACUCUGGACAAGAAGCACUACAUAACCGUCGACAAGGGUCUCAACUGGGACUCCUUCACGACACCGCAGCCCCCUUCGUCGCUUGCCCCUGGGUCCUUGAUCCGCUUCCACGCCAAGCGGGCCGGCUACAUGAUCUACUUUGGCGAGGAGUGCGAUAGCUCGUUGCAGUGCAACCAAGUGGCUUACUACACGGAAAACUUUUUCCGCACCACUCCGUCCAAGCUCCUGAGCUAUGUCUCGGACUGCACCUGGGCCCUGGGCUCGGCUGCUUUCGACAAUGCCCCGACCGACACGAUCUUCUGCACCGAGUUCCCCGACUCUGCAAAGAAGGGCAGCCAGUCGUCCAAGAACAUCAUCGACUUGCGUCUCGUUCGCUCCUCGACUUUCUUUGCUGGGGACAAGAAGGACGUGAUCUCCAUCAACGGUGGCGCGGUUUCGCUUGGUCUGAUUGAAAAGUACCUCGUUGUGGUCUCGAUGAAGCCCAACAACGAAGGCCAUGAGCUCUAUGUCAGCACCGAUGGCCAAGACUUUGAGCGUGCCAAAUUUCCGACUGCGAUCAGCACCAACCAGAUGGCAUACACCAUCCUCGAAUCGUCAAAGCACUCGCUUAUGGUCGACAUCCUGCGCGGCAAGCCCAACGGCCAGGCUCAGUCGUUCGGAACGCUGCUGUACUCCAACUCCAACGGCUCGUAUUUCGUGUCGUCCCUCGAACACACCAACCGCAACAAAGCCGGCCUCGUUGACUUUGAGCGUAUCCAGACCCCCGUCUACUCUGGCAUCUUGUUUGCGAACGUCGUCGACAACUGGGAGGAAAUGCAGUCCGGUGACCGGUCCGAGGACGACAAGCGUCUGGUUUCCAAAAUCUCCUUCCACGAGGGUUCCAAAUGGACAUCGCUCAAGCCCCCCGCGAAGAAUGCCGACGGCCGCAGCUGGGACUGCAGCCCAACCACCGAUACCUCCUGCAAGCUCCAUCUGCACUCGAUCACCCGUCCACACAACAUCGGUCGCGUCUUCAGCACUAUGUCUGCUCCAGGAAUCAUCAUCGGUGUCGGCUCUGUCGGCAAGUAUCUCCAGCCAUACCGCAAAUGCGACACGUUCCUUUCCGCCGACGGCGGCCUGACCUGGACUGCGAUCUACAAGGGCCCGCACAAGUACGAAUCCGGAGACAUGGGCUCGCUCAUCGUGCUUGUUCCCGAUCAGGACUCUGUCGACUAUGUUUUGUAUUCCUGGAACCGCGGAAAGGACUGGACCAAGCACACGCUCCAGCUUGACGGCGGCAAGAGUUGGCAGCCCUGGCUGACCAUGAUCGACCCCGAGUCGACCUCGACCAAGAUGAUUAUCCUCGUCACCGACGCAUCCGACCUCAACAGCCUGUACGUCGUCCACCUCGACUUUGAAAAGACCCUCUCGCGCAAGUGCGACAUUGAUCCUCAAAACCCCGGUGCCAGCCGCGACGUGGAGGAGUGGAUGCCCCAGAAGGAGGCCUAUGGAGGCAGCUGCGUCAUGGGCCAGGAGACUGGCUACUACCGUCGCAAGGCCGACGCGGACUGCUACAUUGGACAAAAGUUCCACAAGCUCCAGCUGGAUGUCAAGAAGUGCCCCUGCACCGACGACGACUUUGAGUGCGACUACAACUUUGCGCCUGACCCGCAGACCAGCAGCUCCCUCAAGUGCAUCCAGGCGGGGCCGAUUCACGACCAGCCGCUGGACUGCAAAGUGGGCAAGCAGUACAAAGGCAAGUCGGGCUACCGCAAGAUCCCAGGGAACGUCUGUGAAGGUGGCGUCAACCGAGCCGAGCCUGUCCUCAAGGACUGCCAGAAGCUCGACGAUGGCAAGAAUGGUGGUAACGGCGGCAACGGCAAGGUCGAGCUGCCCGAGGGCAACCAGCCAAAGAUCACCCGCACAACCUUGAGCGACGACAUCGACCGCUUCUACUACUUCCCCAACUCGAGCCACGUCAUGCUGAGGACCGAGAACAAUGGCGAGAUCUGGAAGUCGGACGACGAGGGCCUCAAUUGGCGGUUGUCCACGGCGCUGGCCAAGCAGGGCGGCGUGCUCCUCGCCGGCAUCCACGAGAGCGUCCCGACCCGCGCCUACUUUUUCGUAUCGAGCGGACAAGCCACCUGGUACACAGACGACCGCCUCGGCGACUCGGAGUCGUCCCUGAAGAAGCUUGACACGCCGGCCCCAUACAACACCCUCGGCGUCGAGAUCCUGGACUACCACCCGGACCACCCGGACUAUCUCGUCUUUGUCAGCGGCGGUCAGGGCUGCCCCGACGCACGCUCGUGCUUCACAACGGCGCACAUCACCAAAGACCACGGCAAGAGCUGGACGACGGUCGAUACGUGGGUCCAGAAGUGUGUGUGGGCCCGCGACUUUGGCUUUGCCACCAAGAACAUCCCGGACGAUGCCGUCUACUGCAUGGGCUUCAAGUACAAGGGCGGAGACACGCCCCAGGAUGCCUAUGGCGGACACGGCACCAAGGAAAACCCGAUGCAGCUCGUGAUGAUCCAGAACGGCGGCAAGAGCAAGCGCGUGCUCCUGGAGAAGGGCGUCGCCAACUUUUAUGUGGUCAAGGGCGUUUUGGUGGUCGCAGUGGAGAACGGAAACGACCUGCAGCUCAAGGCUUCGACCGAUGGCGUGACCUUUGUCGAUGCUCAGUUCCCACCCAACAUCCACAUCGAGAAGGCGUCCUAUACCAUUUUGGAAUCGACUUCCAACGGCCUGUUCAUCGACGUGGCCCAGUCCCUCAAGUUUGGCCAGGAGUACGGUGCACUGUUCGGCUCAAACGAAAACGGAACCUUUUACACCCGCAGCCUGGCCAACACCAACCGCAACAUGUUUGGACAGGUUGAUGUGGAAAAGAUGCAUGGCAUCGAAGGCAUUGUUGUCGCCAACCAGAUCGCCAAUGUCGAUCAGCUGACUCUUGGUGCCAAGAAGCAAAUCAAGACCAUGAUCACUUACGAUGACGGCGCCACCUGGAAGGUCAUCAUCCCUCCCAAGACCGAUUCACAAGGGAGCGAGUUCUGCAGCGGCAAGAGCCUCGAGAGCUGCCACCUCAACCUCUACGCUGCCGCGCAGUUCGACCGCACCGAAAUCGUCACUCGCCACAGUGCCAAGGGUGCUCCCGGAACAAUGGUCGCCGUUGGAAGCGUUGGCGGAACGCUGGCCAAGUACACCGAGUCGGAUAUGUUCAUGACCCGCGAUGGCGGUCAGACUUGGUCCGAAAUCCGCAAGGAGGCGCACCUGUGGGCCUUGGGCGACCAUGGCAGCAUCAUUGUGCUUGUGAAUGACGAAGAGCCCGUCAAUGUCAUUUCCUACUCCUGGGACUUUGGCGUGCACUGGGCGGAGCACCGGUUCUCGGACAAGAACAUCAAGGUCACGGGCAUCUCCAGCGUCCCCGACGGCACCGGCCGCAGGUUCAUCAUCACGGGCAUGUACCCGAGAUCGUCGUGGGAAGAGAUCUUUGAGGACCCUGUACUGGUCCUCAUCGGAAUCGACAUGACGCCGCUCUUUGAACGUCAGUGCGUCUUUGACAAGAACGCCAAGGGCGACUCGGCCGAUUUUGAGAAAUGGUCGCUGCAUGACCCCAACCAGGCCACCGACGGCUCGCGCUGCUUCCUUGGCCAAAAGAUCGAAUACUGGCGCCGCAAGGAAGAGGCUGUGUGCUAUAUCGGACACGAGUUUGAGUCGCUGGAACAGAACCUUCAGGUUUGCGAGUGCUCCGAGUCGGACUACGAAUGCGAUGUUGAUUUUUGGCGAGAUGCCACGGGCAAGUGCGUGUUGUACGGCAAGGACCCGCAGCAGCCGGCCAAGUGUCCCAAGGGCAAGACAUACAAGGGCCGUUCUGGCUACCGCAAGCUCUCUGCGUCGCGAUGCAAGGGCGGCCUCGACAAGACUCAUACGAUCGAGCGCGAGUGCGACGACUUUGUCGCUGGCACUGGCGAGAUCGUGAUGAAUACCCGGCUGUUCGAGCACUCUCUGCAAGAGUACAUGUACUACAACGGCACCUCGACCAUCGUGAUUCUCGACGUGGCCGGCAAUCUGUGGCAGAGCCACGACAACGGCAUCGAAUGGAAGGAGAUGCUGACCUCGCAGAGCUUCCCAGUCCAGCAAAUCUACCAGGACCCGUUCCGUCCCAAACGCGCAUAUUUCCUGGCUCGCAAGGGCGCCGUGGUGUACUACUCUGACGACCAGGGCAAGACGCUCCACCAUUUCCAGGUUCCCAAUGUCACGCCCAUUGCCGGGCUCUAUGAUGCCGUGCCUUUGAUCACGCACCCGGAGGAGCCUGACUGGCUCCUGUUCACGGCCGGCAUCGACUGCGGCGACACAAGCACAAACACCAACUGCCACACCGAGACCUUCUACAGCAAGGACCACGGACAGCAUUGGUACAAGAUCGACUCAUAUACCCGAAGCUGCCUCUGGGGCCGGGGCGCCGAGUUCAACGGGCCCAACAAGGACACGGUGUUUUGUACGGCCUAUCGAGACAAGAAGGGGAGCCAGAUUCUAUUUGGACCACGCAUGCCGAUCGAUUUGUCGGUCACCAACGAUCUGGGCCGGACCUGGACACGGCUGUUUGAGCGCGGCUUCCGCCUGGUCAUCAACGAGGAGUAUAUGAUCGCAGCUGUGCAACAUCCCGAGAAGAGCGAGAUCGAACUGCAAGUCACCCGCGACGGCGUCAACUGGUCGCCGGCGGUUUUCCCAAGCGACUUUGUCGUCCCCGAGCACGGCUACACGGUCCUGGACAGCCACACCGGAUUCCUGAAUGUCGAUGUCUUUGUCAACACCCUGCGCGGCAAGGAGUUUGGUGCUCUCUUCCGAUCCAACGCAAACGGCACCAUUUUUACCCGUGCGCGCGAUCACACGAACCGCAACACCGAUGGAUAUGUCGACUAUGAGAAGAUGCAAGGCGUCGAGGGCAUCGCCCUUCUCAACGAAGUGCAGAAUGCCAACCAGGUGCUCAACGGAGCGACCAAAUCGAUCCGCACCGUAAUCACCUAUGACGAGGGUGAAACCUGGCUGACGCUCAAACCCCCGAGCCACGACUCGCAAGGCGCCCGCUACUCUUGCGAAGGAUCCGAGUGCUACCUGAAUCUGCACUCGUUCACGGAACGGCGCGACAAAAACGAUAUGUUCUCGUCGUCGUCAGCGAUCGGACUGAUCAUGGGCGUCGGUAAUGUCGGCUCGUCCCUGACGGAAUACAACCACGGCGACGUGUUCCUGUCGAACGACGCGGGACAGACCUGGACGGAAAUCACGAAGGACGCACACCUCUACGAGUUUGGAGACCACGGCUCGAUUAUGCUGCUUGUGAACGACGAGCAGUCGACAGACUAUAUUAAGUACUCGACCAACUCGGGCCAGAGCUUCUCGGACUACAAGAUCACCACGGGCGAACUGAGCGGCGUCAAGUUCCGAGUGACGCAUCUGGUGACCGAGCCGCACGGAAUGCAGUCGCACUUUAUCCUGUUUGGACGUGUAUCGGGCGGCGACCGAGGCCAGAGCUUCCACGGCAUGGCCGCUGUCCAUCUCGACUUUUCCAAGAUCUGGACGCGCAAGUGCGAGCUCAACGAGAAGAACCCCGAGGCCAGCGACUACGAGCUGUGGAGUCUGCCCAAGCUCAACGGCGGCAAGUGUGCCUUUGGCAAAGAGGUCAAGUACUAUCGCCGCAAGCGCGACCGCGACUGCCAGAUUGGCGAAAACUACAGGGUGCCCCAGUCGGUCACCAGCUGCGAGUGCACGCGCGAGGACUUUGAGUGCGACAACCUUUACUACCUCGACCCGAGCGGCAACGGCAAGUGCAUCCCGACCCCCAACCAGCGGCGCCUGCAGUCGGUCUGCCGCGACGGCAAGAUGCGCAUUACCAAGGGCUACAUCAAGCUGAAGAACAGCGGCUGCUCGGGCGGCGUCGAGUCUGAGUAUGAAGCUGAAUACCGGACUUGCUCCACCACAAGUGGCUCCUCGACCGUCCUUACCGUGCUCUGGUACGGCCUCCUUUCGGCAGGAUUCGCUGGAGGCGUGACAUUCUGCUUUGUCCAGUACAAGCGCAAGUACGGCAACACCGGCCGCAUCAGGCUCCCCGACGACGAAACCGGCAUGGGCGAAAGCACCGGUCGCUAUGCCGACGACAUGUUGGAGCGUGCCACCGCGUAUUUUGCUGCUGCCUGGGGAUACAUCCGCGAAGCCAGCGAGCUGGUUGGCGAGAGGCUGCGCGGAGUGCUCGGCCCUUCGUGGGGUCGGCUGGUCGCCCGUCUCGGCGGCCGGCGGCCGUCCGCAGGCCAGGGAUACUCUGCGGUGCAGGGCGAUGAGUUCCUAGUGUUUGAAAACGACACAAGCCUGGAAGAGCUCGAGGACUACUGAGCCAACUCGCCGUGGCAGAGAUGACGGUGCAUUUCAGCUGGCCCUCCGGGCGAGAACGACACACUUUCUGAUGAUAGUCUCGUCAAUACAAGAGCAUCAUGCAGUCCAUCGAAUGCACUCGCAUCGAAUGCACUCGCAUCGAAUGCACUCGCAUCGAAU